GCCCUGUUCCGCCAACACCUCAGCAAAUGGAAAACAGCGGCGAGUUUCCACAUUAGAAACUGUUGACCGCUCCAGGAGGCUGCUUCCUCAUCCUUCCUCAGAAUGAUGAAUCACAACAAUGAUCAUCGAGAGCUUGGAGAGAACCACGAUGAGGAAGAAGAUAGCUUUGAAGAGUGUAGCGAAACCAGCAGCGAGGAAGAGAGUGACAAUAAUGGCUCAAGCAGUGAACUCCAUGAAGAGGUGAUACCAGUUCAGGAGGACUACAGCCAUAGUGGAACGGGAACAAGCAGCACCCUUGACAAUGAGGCUGAAAUUCACAGAAAUGGUGAAGAUGAGAAUCUUGGAAAUGAAGGGGAUCAUGAAACCAACAGUGAUCAUGAAGAAUCAGAUUACGAUGAUGAGGAAGUUGAUCUCAUUGGAAAUUUGCUACAAGAUCCCUUGUGUCACCAACACAGUACUAUGCUCCUCACUCAGGAAGAGCAGAGAUGGGCUUUGCAACUGAAGGAGAGCAUGGUGAAUCGACCUGAUCUUGAUGAAGAAAAUGACAUGUGGCUAGCACAAUACGCCAUUGUUACUGAAGGAGACAUCUCAAAUGCGCUCAAGAGAAUAGCCAGAAUACAGGCCUUUCAAAAGCAAUAUGGUGUUAACAAUUCUGUGGAGCAGGGAGUUCAAAUGCUUUCAAAGCUGUUUCAACUCAUGCCAGGAUCCAUUCUUUGUCUGGAUGUUGAUCCUAUGAAAAAUGAGGGUCUGCAUAUAAUGGACAAUGGCAAACAAGAUCAUAUGGCUGCUAUGGCAUCAGAAAGAAACUGGAGGAUUUGUUUGGUAGGAUUCUACUACUAUUUCCUUGUCUGCCAGCCAACUCUGGCAACCAUCCGAAACGGCCAACACACCAUGGCUGAUUUUGUGGAUUUCACAUGGAAUAAUUUUAGGAUGGAAUUCUUCUACCAGUUCAAUUUGGAAUUUGGGGAGCUUUAUCCACACAGGUUUUCAGGUUUUUUAGCCUUCAACACUGGAACUCUAGCAAACCUCAUGUUUGCUCUAGUCAAACAUGUUUAUUCUAAGGCCCUCAUGUCCAAGGUCCAAUUGGGUUGCCAUAUUCCCCUUGGGGAGGAAGAUGAAGUGCCCCGAUCCUUGUCAGAGAUUUACCUUCAGCCUUCUCUGGAGGAGGCAAACAAACGAAUGCUGGUGAGAGCCAGAGAGCUCUUUACACUUCGGGCUAGGAAUGAAGCAAAUUUCCGACUGCAGCAAUCUGCGUCAGAAACUACUUAA